UUUUGAUAACCCCUCAGUCAAAUAACUAUAUAUUAAAGCAAUGAUUAAUUAGGGUAAUUAGUACGAAAAUGGUGAAACUACACUUGUGUUUACUUUUGGCGACUGCCAAUUUUUUCGUCCUAAUUGACUGCAAAACCAGUACUUUGGAACUAGUCCACGUGCUUUUCAGACACGGGGAUCGAACUCCUGACAGACGUGUAAUCUAUCCGAAGGAUCCGCACAUUAAUGAGACUUACUACCCUUUCGGUUAUGGUCAACUGAACAAUGCCGGAAAACGCAAACAAUACUUACUGGGGAAAGCGUUAAACAAGCGGUACAAGAAAUUUUUAGGCACUUAUACUUUAAACACAAUCGAUGCCCGUUCUACUGAUUACAACAGGACGAAAGUGUCCUUGCAGCUCGUUCUGGCUUCGUUAUUCCCACCCGAAAAGGAACUAGUUUGGAACAAAAAUUUGGAUUGGCAACCCAUUCCAUUUAACUAUUGGAUCCUCCGCGAUGAUCACGUUUUAGGCGACCCUUAUAAAAAUUGCAAACGGUACAAAAACAGUUACAAUGAUUUUUUAAACUCAUCAGAUGGACAAAAGCUGUUUAGGCAAUAUUCAGACUUUGGGGAAUAUAUCAUGGAGAAUAGUGGCUCAAAUUUUACGAGUAAGCUAAUGGCCGAUAUGUAUUUCACGCUGACUACCGAACGAGAAAAUGGGCUUGAAUUGCCACCGUGGACUGAGAAAGUUUACCCGAAAGUUUUAAGUAACUUGACUCGUUUGGACUAUGUUCUAAAUACCGCAAACACAGAGUUGAAAAAACUGGCUUCAGGAUUCUUGUUGAAGAAAAUCAUUACCGACACUGAGCAAAAAGUCAAGAAUAUGUUGCAUCAAAGAAAGCGCAUGUUUAUAUAUUCAGCACACGAAUACAAUAUCGCCCAUUUGAUGAAUCUUUUGGGAAUAUAUUACCCUCAUGUUCCACCUUAUGGUUCCUACAUCUUGAUAGAGAUUCACAACAUUAAAGGCGUUCGAAUCGUUAAGGUUUUUUAUCAGGAUUAUCAGACCGAAAAGCCAAAACGGAUGAAACUGCCGAAUUGUCACAAUUUCUGUCGGUUUGAACGUUUCGUCAGCCUCUAUAAAAAGUAUUUGCCUGAGUCUGAAAACGAGUGCGAGCUUCAAGAUUAGAGAAUAAAACACACUAAGUCUCGGAAUUUAUUUGACUAGUCAAGUAAUAGUUUUGUUCUUUGGAACAAAUUUAUUUAACUUUGUGAGUUAAUUUAAGAAUGCUCUAUUUUGAGCAAAAUUUUGCAAUAAAAUCAUUUGACGAAA